CUUUUGAGGGUCUUGGUCCCAGAGUUGGGACUAGACCUCCACUCAGACUGGUUCAGUUUGCAUCCUGUUCCUGUUUCAGACAAACCCCAUGAUGAUUCUGCACGUUUUGCUGUUUGCUGUGUUUCUGGGUGCAGUUUCUCCUUCUGGUGAGGAAAACCUACAAAGAGGAGUCUGUCCACUGUUCUGGUUUGGCUACAACGACCGCUGCUACAAGUACGUGGCUACACCAAUGACCUGGGCUGAUGCAGAGCUGCACUGUCUGUCACACGGAGCCAACUUGGUAUCCAUGCACAGCUUGGAUGAACAUACAUUUGUCAGGACCCUGAUUAAGAACUUUGACCCCUUUGAAAGACCUGCGUGGAUUGGACUCAGCGACACUCAUAAAGAAGGAAACUGGAUGUGGUCUGAUGGCUGUCCAGUCAAAUAUGUCUUAUGGGAUGUAGGGCAGCCUGACAAUAGACAGGUUGAAAAUUGUGGACACAUCAAUAAUGAGUCAAGCAAGAAAUGGAAUGAUGCCAAAUGCACUUACAAUAAUCCCUUUGUUUGUGCAUCACGCGUGGCCAGCUGUCCUUCUUUGCCUAAUGAACAGGGUGCAAUUGCCUAAAAUUCAUAUUUAAAUGUAUGAAUAAAGAUUAAAAGAUUAAGAUUAAAAUGUAA